AUAUUAUUUUCUUUCAGAGAAACAAUGUUACAUGCUUUACGUUGUAUCAUAAAACCAGCUGGUGAUAAAAUGUCAGAUCAAGUUAGGCGAAGUAUUACAUGUACUGUGACUAGCAUGUUAGGACAUCCAGAUGAUUCUUGUCGUGUUGUUGCUGCUGCCUGUCUCGGAACUUUAUGUGAAUUUCUGCCUAAUGAUGAAUUUGAAGAUAUAGUCAGAGAGAACUUGUUAGAGGAUGAUCCAUCUGUGGAUUGGGUGCUAAGGCAUGGGAGAAGUGUUGCUCUUAUGGUAGCUUUAAAAGAAACACCUUCAAGAAUGUUGAAUGAAGAUUGGACAGACCGAAUUGUUAAAGUUCUUUUGGUGUAUUUGACUGCUGACAGAUUAGCAAUUGUUCUAAGUGGGGUUCGUGCAACUGGAUACUAUAUUGUUCAUAAAUUACAAGAAGGGGAACAACUUCCACAACCCUUACUAACUACAUUCUCAAAGAGUAUGAACCACAACACAAAUGAAGUGAAACAAGCUGUAGCUCUGACCAUAAAUUUCCUGGCUAGAAAGCAAAACCUUCCACUUCAUGUGAUGAAAACCUUUGUACCUCAUCUUGUCAAUGGCACUAAAGAAAAGAACACCAUUGUGAAAUCAAAUAGUGAAUUUGCCCUCGUUGCUGUUCUUAAUUUGCGAAAAGGGGAUGAAACUGCACAGGUUUGUUUAAAUGCCCUUGAUGCUGGUGCUCGUGAAGCAUUACAAGAUGUUAUCACAAAAGUUUUGAAAAAAGUGGCAAGUCAACCAGAGCCCAAGGAAGAAGAGUUAGAUGAUACUUUAUUAACUUGACGAGAGUUGAUGUAUUUAGGUUUAAUUUUUUCUUUAAAAAACAUAAAUGCAGAAGGAAGGCAUUUGUGCUAUAUUCUGUAAAUUACUAUGAAUUUCAAUCAAUAAAAUUUUGGACUUUUA